AACCCACGUUGGGAGUUACAGGCGUUUCAACAUAGCCCCUGGACACGCCAAGGGAUCCUACGAUACCACUAUAACUUCCACUAUAUUUAUAAUGACUAACCUAUAAUAUAACCACCGCCGAGAUCCCAACUUCAUCUUACCUUACCGCGUAUUUUUGAAGAAACGGAAGCUUCACUUUAUACUCUUUAUGGCGGACUAUAUAAUAAACAUUAAAAACCGAACGAAAUGAAAUUUAUACGUGAGCUCGUCCGAGAGGCGAAGCUACUGAAUUUCUAUAUAUACGGCCAAUGGUUCCUCCUCGCGGGCCUAAUAGUAACAACCAUAUAUCUCGUAAUCGUAGUCCCAAUCGAAUUCACACACGGGACUCUCCUCCCACACGCGCAUUGGCCAGAAUCCGCCAUCCUCUAUACGGGAUGGGCAUCAGGCGUAACCAUCGUCGGUAUAAUCCUGCUCCUCUUCAUCCCCAACGAGCGUCUCAAGAACCGACACGACGAGCUCAUAUCCCUAACCGCAUGGCUCACACUAUCCAUGUUACACUGGGUCGGUUUCGGCAUCGGAUUACCCUAUCUAGCCUCCGCUCUUCUACUUAGUAUCGGGUCGAUAUGCUACGGCGUAGCAUACCUCUUAUGUCAGAACCCGCGAAAGACACGCUUGACCGGUGGGACCGCAGUCGCGGGUAUGCUUCUGGCAAUUCCCGAUGAGAAGAAUCGCGGCGGGAGUAGUUGGACUGGGCUUUCGGUUAUGGCGGGGUGUUUUUUCUUAUUUGCUCUUAUUACCUUUGGUGUGAGAGCGCUGAUGCAUUGGGCUUUUUAUAAGGGUACGGAUCAUUUUUGGGAUAUAUCUUGGUAGCACCAGUUAGAAAAUUGAAUGCUCUUUUACCAUCA